GAAAAACAACAUAACUGGUUGAGUGGAGCAAGUAUUCAAGUCACGAGAGCUGUUUUGAUUUCCCUCUGGAUUAAAAACUGCAGUUUGCCUGAAGCGUUAGAACUCUCUCCUUUUUACCACAAAGGUCUUCCGUUUUUCUUCUGUUGCCCAGAAUUUCCAGCUACAAUGAGGGGAAAAAGUUGCCACAGAACAUACAUUCUAAAAAUUUUUCUGAACUAAAAUACAAAAUUAAAGAGAAGCAAGUUCAAAGUCUCGUUGGGAUGGUGAGAAGCUUGAGCUUCAGCGUGAGGCUUGAGAACUUGGCGACAGACUGUGACCUUUUUAAUGCAAGAAAUAGCUAACUUUAUCUGAAGUCUAAUCAUUGUGCAUCUUUAAACUGUUAGAAAUGUUAUUAAUCUCAUAUUUACAUCACAUCAUUUCACGCUAGUAUUCAACUAAAGAGAUUGUAACUGAAUUAUUUAGAGCUAUUCUGUCAUAAACUGAAGUGACAGAUAGACAUUUUGACCAAGAAUAUAUGAAAUGUUCCUAGGUUUCAUGGCAAUCCAUGUGACUGUUUAUCAAGAAACUAUAGUUGUAUGCUUAAAAAUGAACUUCAGUCUAAACAACUAUUAACUACACCUAUAAUUCAGAUGGAAUACAUGAAUGCUCUCAUUUUUUAAUGAAUCCAAAUGCACAAGUCUGUUUUAAGUUGGAAUAUUUUGGCUCUCACCGUGUUCUAAAUACUGUCAUCCAUUCUUUCCAAGAAAUAGUUCACCUAAUGGAGCCUCACUUUAGCUCACAGUAUAGCAGCAACAGCAGGGAAUGGCUCAAGGCUGAACACAUAUUGGUUGCUGUCUUAUAAUUGGGAUUAUAGGCUUUUCAGGCUGUAGUUACGUCCGUGAAUAAAUGGCGCCCAUGCAAUGUUUUGGAAUACACAUAAUGUUGUAAUUACAACAUAAUAUCGUCAGCUUUUGCAUCCUGUUUUAAUUCAGACCUUCUUUGUGGUGCUCAGAGUUAAGAUAAACAGACAAAAAUAACAGCUGUGUGCCAGACACAAAAAAUAAUCUCUAUUGUUUAUACAUAUUUAGAUUUAAUGUUGAUUUAUUGCUAAAUGAUAGACUUCUUCAAUAUAAUAAUGCAUAAUCACUUGUAAAAUUGUGUCUUUACUUAAUUUUUUUUAUAUUUUUAUUUUUAUAAAUAAUGCAUAUUUGGCUGUCAUUUUAGACUGCAAGAUGUUUCUGACCAAAACAUUUUGCAUUGUGACUGAAAGUCUACCAAGUCUUUUGUGCAAAGAGGUUCCAUCUGGGUCUCCUCAGAUUUCCUCUGUUUUCAAAUGGGAUGUAAUUGCUUGGUGAUAAAGACUAUUACACAUUGAAAAGCUCCAUUACAAAUCAGGAAGUUGUCUUCCACUUCUUCAAAGGGACUGGGGAAACCAGAUUGUUGGUAAGAAACAUAAUCCCUGAAACUCUGUAUCCAGUUUUUUUUUUCUGCUCCAGUGGAAGACACGAAUGGUGAGGGCUAUUCUGGAGACUGGAUGCUGGAUGAUAACGAUGCUAUGCUGUCUGCAGGCACCAGCACAAACAUGUGUUAACUUUCUCUGUAAUUGACAAAAGUACCACUUGCAGCAAGCAGAGAAAGGAAGGAAAAAUGCAUAUGGAGGAUGACUGUGGGCAAAUAACAGGGUUUGGAAUACUUCGUUGAAACGUACAGUAUACUGGGAAAAAAGAACAUGCUGUUGCUCAUAGAGUAACCUAAGCCACAUUGCUUUGUCUUAGAAAUUAGAAAACAGCACCAAUUAUAACGUCAAGUCUGAGUCGUAAAUUUACCAUAGGGUUCACCCCCAUGACAGUAAAUAGCAAGCCAGACUGUCGUAAUAAUAAGGCAUGUCACAAAAACGGAAAACAAGGUUGUUAAAAAGCAGAUGGCCAUACCGGCUCACAGAUGGGAUUGAUACUGACAUGGCUGGAGGUGAUAUACUGCAAUUUAUGAUGUGCUUUUACUUGCGAGUGGAAAAAAGGUAUGUGUGCUAAUGAGACAUGGUGUCUGGGGCUACAGCUGCACAGAGAAGGGGGAUAUUUACCCUAUGCCAACAAUAUGUUCCUCUCAGUCUGUGAAAGAUGCAGGCAGAAGGCAUCGUCUCAGAUCAACCAGCUGGUAGGUAUACUGCACCUACUGUACAUUUUAUAACUGCUGUCUCUUAUUGUACACCUGCAUGGUUCAGUGUCAGUUUUAAAUUGUUCCACAACUAUGAUCAGCAUGUGUUUUUAUGUAAUGAGGUAAUUUGUUAAUUUGACUUCACGCCACCUUGAAAUAAUUUCCACCCAUUUUUUUCCUCGUGGGUUUCCAUCAGUGACAAUGCGGACUGCGGUGCUACUCCUCUUAAUGGGAAUAGUGGAUCUGAGCAUCGGCCAGCGUUACAGCCAAUUCCAGUGGCUGUCCCAUCUGCGAGGGCGACGGCGGCAUGCUGGGUGGCAGGCUGCUGAUGUGGAUUGCCCCCUGGAGUGCGACUGCCCCUCUACCUACCCUACAGCUAUGUACUGCCACAGCCGCCACCUUCAGCACGUUCCCUACGUCCCCUCACAUAUAAAGUACGUCUAUCUGCAACGGAACCAGAUCACGGGCAUCCAGGAUGGGGUGUUUGACAACGCCACCAGUUUGAUCUGGGUUGUUUUGUUUCACAACCAACUCAACUCAGACAAGAUUGGCAAGAACGUCUUCAGCAAGCUCAAGAACCUGGAUCGACUCUUGUUGGACCACAAUGAGCUUACCCGUGUGCCUCCUAACUUGCCCAAGGGCAUCACAGACCUGCGACUCGGUCACAACAAGAUUUCCAAAAUCCUCUCCAACUCGUUCGAGGGCAUGGCCAACCUCACAACCCUUCAUCUCCAGGCAAAUGACCUAGAGGAUGUUGGAGGUGUGUUCAAGGGACUCAAGUCUCUGACCGCACUGGAUAUGAGAAAAAACAAGCUAAGGAAAAUUCCCGACAACCUGCCUGGGAGGCUGCAGCAGCUUUACCUGGAGUUUAAUAACAUAGAGAGUGUGCCAACAGACUUUCUCAAAACAUAUCGCAAACUGCAGUUUGUCCGGUUGGCUCAUAAUAAGCUGACUGAUAAAGGAAUUCCAUCCAGUGUCUUCAACAUCAGCACACUGGUUGAGCUCGACCUGUCCUUCAAUAAACUGGAGAGGAUCCCUGUGGUUAGUAGGAACCUGGAGAACCUUUACUUGCAAGCCAAUAAGAUCAAAGAGUUCUCCCUGGGCAGCUUCUGCAGCACUGCUGACAUAACAAACUUCUCCAAUCUGAAAAUGCUGCGGUUGGAUGCCAAUCAGAUCAGUGCCAAAGACAUUCCUGCCGAAGCUGCCUACUGCUUGCGGCAGGUUGCUUUUAUAGACGUAUAGGUCUUCCUGAUGUCUCUCGCCAACAUGUUAUUUGAAAUGCUUUUUUUUCAUCACACAUCACAUCAUUUUCCUUAUGUCGUUCACUGUACUUUCUACUGAAACAUAAUUGUGAAGGAGUGUCGUUAAACUGGUAUUAGUAGCAAUUAAACAUUUACCAUAUUACUCAAGGGACAGACAGAGAGCGAUGAGAAAUGGCUCUUACACACACACACACACACACACACACACACACACACACACACACACACACACACACACAUAUAAAUUGUAGCUGAUGAACAUUAGUUGUUUGUAGCAUCAUCUGUAUAAAACUGGCAGUAAUCUGUGUGAGAAUUAGUUUGGAUCUUUGCCUCCACCAUGUGGCACAAGGUGAUAAAACAGCAAACUGAGCCGCAAUGAUUCUCAUUAACACUUUUUUAGAGAAGUCAUUUUUUAACAUAUUCUCAGUAAAGGAUACUUAACAACGUAUUUACAGUUUGAUAAUACUUGUUUUUCUAUCCAGUGAAUAUUUUUAAUCAACAUUUGAAAAACCACAACAAAGUGUUUUUGUAGCUAAUGUAACCUGUGUUCCUCGUCAAAGGAGCUGCUUAAUUAUUUAAAGCUAUGAUUGAA